CAACACAGCAUCAUGACUGAGGAUGCAGAGCUAAUGAGUGUUGAUGCUGUCGAAUCAACCCAGAACAUCUACCUUCCCUCCUCCUUCCUUGGCUUCAACUGCUGGGCAUCUGAACAGAUUGCAGAUUCACUUGCAAUUGCUGCACAAUAUGGCACACUGAUGUUCUUCAUCACUAUGACGUGCAAUCUACAAUGGCCUGAAAUCCAAUCACAGCUUCAACUGGAACAGAGUUUCGCUCAAAUUCCUCUCGUCAUUAUCUGUGUCUUUAAGCAAAUGCUAAAGCAGUUUGAACAGCUUUUUCCAACUAUGUUUCCCAAUGCCGGGCAUCUCGUGUACCUCAUUCACUCUAUUGAGUUUCAAAAGUGA